GGGGAAACCAAUCAGAUUGCAGCAUUAAUCCCCUUACAGAACAGAUACAGGGAACAAAUACUCCUAUCAUGGGGAGCAGCCAGAAUACCUUACAAAUGAUGGAUAAUAAUCAUGAUGAAAAUUCCCACCAAUCUCUACAUAAAUCUCACAUAACAAACAAUAAAUUACGUAGGAAAUACAGCUGCAAUGAGUGUCAAAAACAUUUUAAUAAUAAGAGAGACUUUCAUAUACACCAGAGAAGUCACAAAAGAGAGAAACCAUUUUCUUGUUCUGAAUGUGGGAAAUGUUUUUCAUACCAAUCUCGACUCAAUCAUCAUCAAAGGACUCACACAGGGGAGAAACCAUUUUCUUGUUCUGAAUGUGGGAAAUGUUUCUCAAGGAAAUUUUAUCGUGAUUGUCAUCAAAGGACCCACACAGGGGAGAAACCAUUUUCUUGUUCUGAAUGUGGGAAAUGUUUUUCAUACCAAUCUCGACUCAGUCGUCAUCAAAGGACUCACACAGGGGAGAAACCAUUUUCUUGUCCUGAAUGUGGAAAAUGUUUCUCAAGGAAAGUUUAUCGUGAUUGUCAUCAAAGGACCCACACAGGGGAGAAACCAUUUUCUUGUUCUGAAUGUGGAAAAUGUUUCUCAAGCAAAUUUUAUCGUGAUUGUCAUCAAAGGACCCACACAGGGGAGAAACCAUUUUCAUGUUCUGAAUGUGGGAAAUGUUUUUCACAGCAAUCCGACCUGAAAAUUCAUUAUAAAACCCACACAGGGGAGAAACCAUUUUCAUGUUCUGAAUGUGGGAAAUGUUUUUUAAGAAAAUCUCAGCUAGAUCGUCAUGAAAGGACUCAUAAAGGGGAGAAGCCAUUCUCUUAUUCUAAAUAAUGAAAAAUGAUUUGCAUUGAACAGUUGUCUAAAAAUACUUUCACAAUGAGGAAAACCGUAAACUCGUUAUACAAAGGAAGCAUCAGGCAAACAUUCUCUUUCAAACAGAUUCCAUCUUAAUAUAUGUUUCAGUAUUUACAGAGAGGAACACAUUUGUGCCCCAUAAAAUAUUUCCUUAAGAGAAUCCUAAAGACUCCUGAUGGGCACUGGGCAAU